UGACUCUUCCAUCCGCAGUCAGAAGGGACUGAGGACUCAGAGGGAGAGAGUCAGCAACCGUCUCCAGAGAGAAGGCUGUUUCUCAGAAAGAAAGAAAAAAAGAAGAAGGAUACGGCAGCUGGGAGGGUUUGCAAAAGAGUAACAAGUGGUUAAUCAAAUUUAGGAGCUACUUUUUUUUCUUUUUUUUUUCUUGGAAGUUUACAAAAGGAGACACAAUGAAGCUGAAGCUGAAGCUGCCAAAUCCGGGAUUGGAUGACAGGAUCCCAUCCCACGGGGACCUGGAGAGGAUGGAGAAGGACGAGGCUGGGGACAGACCCCAGUGGGACAACAAAGCCCAGUACCUGCUCACCUGCGUGGGCUUCUGCGUGGGGCUCGGCAACGUCUGGAGGUUCCCGUACCUGUGUCAAAGUCACGGUGGAGGAGCGUUUAUGAUCCCGUUCCUGAUCCUGCUGGUUCUGGAGGGAAUCCCACUGCUGCACUUAGAGUUCGCCAUCGGUCAACGUCUGAGGAAAGGCAGCGUGGGCGUAUGGAGAUCCAUCAAUCCUUACCUGGCAGGAGUUGGCAUUGCCUCCAUGCUGGUGUCCUUCCUGGUGGGUGUCUACUACAACACCAUCAUGGCCUGGAUCAUGUGGUAUCUCUUCAACUCCUUCCAGGACCCUCUGCCCUGGAGCCAGUGCCCACUCAAUGCUAACAGGACAGGAUACGUGGAGGAGUGUGCGCGGAGCACCACCGUCGACUACUUCUGGUACAGAGAAACGCUUAACACUUCGACAGCCAUCGAUGAGUCUGGGGGACUGCAGUGGUGGAUGGUUCUCGCCCUCAUCGCCGCCUGGACUGUGCUUUACGUCUGCUGCAUCAGGGGCAUCGAGACGACCGGCAAGGCUGUGUACAUCACCUCCACUUUGCCGUAUCUCGUCCUCACCAUCUUCCUCAUCCGGGGAUUGACUCUAAAAGGCUCUACAGAAGGAAUAAAAUACCUCUUCACACCAGAUGUAAGCGAUAUUAUCGCCUAGUAACAAAAAAAGGAAGUUUUACUAUUUUUGAUAAAUGUUGUGUGUCUUGCUUUCUUGGCACUAUGUUGGUGUAGCAGUCUUUUGGCAAUGAUAGCAUUCUGUUUGGGAAGAUCAUUUUCCUUGGUCUGAAAACUGUCUUCUGAGGGUUUUUAGGUGAUUAUCCUUCUGAAAGUGCUAGUAGAUUAAAGAGUGAAACAGUGUUCAGAUCUUCCACCACUUCUAUGCUGGGUUUGACUUCUUGUUCUGCUAAUCUGCAGCAGGAGAAUGAAGUGACCACUGAGUCCAGUUGUUCCUUUAGCGAUUGGUACUCUCAUGUGGUAGCCUUAUGCUGCCAUUUAGCCCCAAGCAAUUGCACAGUGUUCAUCCAUUGCAUGCUUAUUUAUCUCCCUUUGUAGUUAAGUAUUUGAAGCAGCAUGUAGGUAAAUAAUGCUAAAACAAUGCUCAGAUCUCACAAUGAUUUAGUCUGACUGUAGGAAUUUUCCCACGGUUUCGCAAUAUGCCUUUUUCCCCCAUUUUGGGGGGUUUUUGUCCUCAGCUAGCCUAGUCUUACGAUAUACUUUCUUUAUUUUUAAAAAUGAGACAGGACAAGACAUAUCCAUGAACAUUCUGAUGUCAAUAUGUUCGCUUCGUUUUCAAUUCUAGUCCCAUUGGCAAGAUAUUUUGACAGAUUUUUGACAGACUAUGAUUCCUGACCAGCUAUAAUUUUGUGUUAAAUUGCUUAAGUACAGUCAGGAGUUAAUAGACUAAUUUAAUUUACGUGGCUAUCAAGAAUUUGUUAUCUGAUUUAUUGCUAUUUUAAUAAAUUACCCACUUGGAAGUUUACAAGGCUU